UUGUCUCAUGAUUAUAUUUUGGUUUCUUCUCUUCUUUUGCAACUCUCAAAUCCUCUUCCUUCUCCUCUUCCCUGCACUCUUCUCUGCAAUCUAACCAUGUCUGCAAAUAAAACCCAUAAACCAAACCCUUCAAGCUCCUUCCCGAUUCUGAUAGUUUCUCUUAUCACAGUGGAAACAAAUUGAGCUUCGAGGCAUAUAAUUCAAGCUUCAAUAGCCUAACCCAUAUGGAGAUCACAGCAGUUGCUCAGGUGGGUCAGAAGAGAAAUAGAAAAGGGGUUGCAAAAAAUGGAGAGACUGUUAAGUCUGGUAGUGCUGCUGAAUCAGAGCAUGAUGUACAUAUCUUGACUGAGAGAGAAAGGAGGAAGAAGAUGAGGAACAUGUUCUCUAAUCUUCAUGCUUUGCUUCCUGAACUCCCUGCUAAGGCAGACAAGUCCAGCAUUAUUGAUGAAGCAGUAAAAUACAUUAAGAUCCUCCAAGAAACUCUCCAAACGCUAGAGAAACAAAAGGAAGAAAAGCUCCAUGGAGCAACAAUUGAUGAGAGUGAACCAUCAGUUAUCACAUCACAUAAAGAAGUAUUUGAAUCCAGGGAAGCCUUUUUGGCUAUUCAGGGACCAUCAAAAGGUUCCUCUAUGGCUACAAAUAUGCCUCAUUCAUGUCCUGUCUCUCUUUCUCCAUCUUGCUUCCGGACAUGGUUUUCGCCAAAUGUUGUGAUGAACAUAAGUGGUAAUGAUGCACAGAUUAGUGUGUGUUCACUCAGGAGGCCUGGAUUUCUUACCAGCAUCAUCUAUAUACUAGAGAAGCAUAAAUUGGAUGUUGUAUCAGCUCAUAUUUCCUCAGACCAAUUUCGCAGCAUUUACAUGAUCCAUGUUCAUGCUGGUUGGGGUUCUGGUCAGUAUCCAGAGGCAUUGUCAGUGGAAGAUACAUUCAAGCUAGCAGCAGGAGAGAUGAACUUAUGGCUAUUGUCAUGUUGAUUCCGGGCGGCCGACUGAAAAGAAUCACUUCCCUCUAGGCAUCUGCCUUUUCUGCAGAAGGGGUGACUCUUGCUGAAGACAUGAACAAAUAGAUUACCUUGCUCUACUUGGAGGUUGAAUAGUUUAUGUUCAUCCAGAGAAUAUGAUCUAAUAAACUUGUUGCAUACAUAUACUUGAGCCAUGAGUGUGUAGAAAAAAUGCAUAAAGAAAUUAAAUCAAGUGUAUACAUACAAUAUAUGCAUGAGAGAUCAGAGAAUCUAUAGAAGUUCAAUUAUCUUCUAAACAAA